AUGAACCUCUUCUCAGAAAUGAUUAGUAGAGGUUUUACUCCAGACGUUGUUACUUACAACUCUUUGGUUCAUGGACUUUGCAAUAUAGGCCAGUGGAAAGAAGCUACAUUGCUGUUGAACGAAAUGUUGAGUAAAGGUAUCUUCCCCGAUGUACCCACCUUCAAUGUCUUGGUUGAUGCACUUUGUAAACAAGGGAUGGUUGUGGAAGCCGAAAGUGUGGUUGAGAUAUUAAUGAUUCAAAGAGGUGCUGAGCCUAAUUCGAUUACAUAUAAUUCGCUUAUGGACGGUUACUGUUUGCGAGGAGAAAUGGACGAGGCGAGACACGUUUUUGAUCUAAUGGUUAGGAAGGGCUCUAUGGUUAAUGUUUAUAGUUGUAACAUAUUGAUAAACAGAUAUUGCAAGAAGAAAAAGAUUGGUGAGGCCAAUAAAGUUUUUAAGGAAAUGCGUUGUCGGGAACUUGUUCCUAAUACCGUUACUUUUAACACUCUCAUUGACGGUUUUUGUAAAGCGGGGAGAAUACAAGAAGCAGAAGAGCUGUUCUCUGAGAUGCAAGGUUGUGGCCAACUUCCAGAUGUUCAAACUUUUGCUGUUUUACUUGAUGCUCUAUGCAGUAACCAACAAGUUUCUACGGCAUUAGAAUUGCUUAAUGAGAUGGAAGCCAACAAAUUGGAACUAGAUGUUCUAGUUUAUACUGUUGUUAUUGCUGGUUUGUGUAAAGCUGGAAACAUUGAAUCUGUAAGAGCUGUCUUCUCUGGUUUAUCAUCAAAAGGAGUUCAGCCAAAUGUGAGGACAUUUAAUGUAAUGAUAUGUGGACUCUGUAACAGAGGCCUAUUUAUUGAAGCAGAAAAGUUGCUGGGAGAGAUGCGAGAGAAGGGCUGUUCUCCAGAUAGUUGGACCUAUAAGUCUAUAACAUCAUUAUCCGAGGGUUAUUAA